UUUAGACACUAUUUGUGGAUUUAAACUUCUUUUUGUUCGUUUGUUUUUGUAAUGUUUGUAUUGUUGCGUAUGUGCUAAACUACUUUGUGUUUCUCAGUUUUGCGUUUUAGUGUAUUUUUAAAUUCAUUUUUAAUACAAUAUAUAUAUUUUUGACAACACUGACUAAUUUGGGACGGAUAUCCCUGUGUCCGAGUCAUGCAGUCAAACUUUAUCCACAUCAAUUCGUUCCCUCAUCGGCUUUCCUGUCUCCUGAGAGUAAGAAACAUCAUCAACAGUGACAGUGACAGUAAAGGGGGAGAGGUGAGGCAAACCACGUGACCGCGGGGUAUCAGGACAGAUUAGUGAAUAGUUGCUCGUGGACCUGUGAUGGCUCUCUUCCCACAGUCAUUGGAGGCAGAACACUUUGACGGGCUGUCGCUCCUCUACUGGAUGAUAAUGGGGCCACAUGGCAUCAAUCGUGCUGUUGAGAGACUAGAGUUCACAGACUGCAAGAAAGGACUUGGGGUGAAGAUUAUUGGGGGCUACAGGGAACAGAGUGGUGAAGAGUUUGGUAUUUUCAUUAAACGGGUUUUACCAGGUGGCGUGGCGAAACAGGACGGGCGUCUUAAAGCAGGGGACCUUAUUUUAGAUGUCAACAACAUGAAUUUAGGGGGUGUUACAACUGAUAGGGCGGUGGAGAUUCUUCGCAUGGCGUCAUCUACAAAUCAUAUGUCUUUACUUAUCGUUCGUGAUGAUCCUUCAAGGAGAGAAUUUUCUGUACUAAUGGAAAAAUAUGGUUCGAGCAGCAGUACUAGUUCUGGAUCAGACAGGACGUCGCCCACUUCUAUUUCCACAGGCAAGAUGACUGACACGGCCUCCUCCUCUUCAUCUUCAAGAUCAACCAGUCCUCUGCUUCUCAGCCCUAAAGAUCUAAAUCCAGUGUACACCACCGCCUGCAUCACCUCUCCAUCACCACAAGUCUGCACAGACUGCAUGAUUCAGUUGAUAUGUGUUGGCAAGGGGACAGGACUAGGCUUGGUCAUCAGGGGCGGAGCUAACCGUGCAGAUGGCCCAAUGGUGUUCAUUCAGGAGUGUCACGAGUUGGCAGAAGAACCCAAGCGCAGGCCACCGGCAUGGUGGCCGGGUGAUGGAAGGGGGGGAGGCACGACUAGCUCUCGUGCUAGAGGACUCCUGGAGGGGAUCCCACGACUCCCUCCGUCCACGCCUGCCACGGAGGCUAGCCGGUGGUGGAGAGGCUGCAUCCGGAUCGAGGUGGAGGGUGCGGAGAGGCCCACGACCCCGAGCUGCAGGGUCUGGCCCUCCGGGAUCGUCGCCAGCCCCACAGAAGACCCCGCUCACGGACAGUCCCCUGGACUCCUCGAUCCGCGAUCUGGAGCUGAUCUACGAAGCCCAGGGGCCUCAACCUGUCGCAUCUCCGCAGGCUCAAAGGGUUCGUCGAGGCAGCUGUUGAAGAUAACCUUCAACUCCGCCUCGUCGAACCCUGAGUGGGCGCUAGUGGAGAGGAAGUCCAUGGCAGAAGGUCUUCACGGGGGUGCCUUUCUGGCGAAAGCCGAACAAGGUGAGAUAAUGCAAGGAGGCGACUGCCAAAAAGAUGGGAGACUUAAGCCAGGAGACCAGCUUAUAUCCAUCAAUAAAGAAUCACUCAUAGGAGUAACACAUGAAGAAGCCAAAAGCAUACUCACUCGCACAAAACUCAGACCAGACCCUACAGUAGAGAUAGCAUUUAUCAGACGAAGGUCUUCUUCAGGCUCCAGCAGUGGACCCCACAGUCCCAUCUCCCUUCAUCCCCCCUCCAGUACUGUUCCUCAGCUCAGGCCCGCUGGAUUGGGGGGAGCGACUCUGCCUGGAGGCCUCGUUCCCAAGAUAGCCAAUACACCCAACUCUGGAAGUGAGACGCUGCCUUCUGUAGAGCUUACUAAGGUACGAACCACAAUAGGAAAGCCUGAGCCAACCUCCGUGUCCUCACCCAAGAGUGCCUGUACCACAGUGGCCGACUCUGGUACUGUACGAACCACAAUAGGAAAGCCUGAGCCAACCUCCGUGUCCUCACCCAAGAGUGCCUGUACCACAGUGGCCGACUCUGAUGUAUGUGUAACUGCUGUCUGUAAACCCAGCGAUACCUUCAGACCACCAGAACCUCCGUCUUCCGGCAUCCAGCUCAAGCCUGAGAAAAUAAAGCAGUCACUGGAAACCCUGGGAUUGAAAUCGACAGCGUGUCAGGUCCAGACUCUAAGAGAAAGACUUUAUUUGAGCCCAGAAGGGACAGUGGCCUUUGGAGAUUUUGAGAGAGUGGCAAAGGAACUCUUCAAACUACCGCCAAAGUCUAACUCGGAGCAGAAAGUAGCGAGAUUGACAUCAGACGAUCUCAUUGAUUCUCCAUCAAACCCUACGCCAUCAUUAUCAGACUCGGAUGAUCUGGAUGAGAUGGAGAGAUUAAGAAAAGAUCACAUCGAGGCCUUGACUGAGAUCAAGCGACUACAGGAUAAGCUGGUAGAAUCCCAGAGCCUUAAUCGUAACAUGCAGCAGGAUCUAACAAAAGUUAAACAGGAUGCAAAAUCCGCAGUGGAUGAAAGCCGAUCACUACGGACCCGGAUCCAUCUGGCAGAGGCUGCUCAAAAACAGGCCCGGGGUAUGGAGGUGGACUAUGAAGAGGUUAUCCACCUCCUGGAGGCCGAGAUUGCAGAAUUGAAGUGUCAGAUAGCGGGGCAACCUGGACAGGAGGAGCUACAAGACCUGAAAAAGAGAAUCGCCGUUCUUGAAUGUCACCUAAGGAAGAGCGAAACUGCAAAGAAGGGUUUUGUGGUCUCUACUGGGAAACUUCUACAGUUUGUGGAGCUUGUCCAAGACGUUCUCUCUGAAAACCAAAGCUGUCCAAAAGGCCUCAGUUCUGCUAGCGAUCCAAAGUCAACAACGCUGCCUCAGACACUGGCUUCUCAAGGAGGGAAGAAACCAGCCUGGACAGCGUCUGCUCUUGCAAUGGAAGCUAAAGAAUUAAGUCAUGCUGUCAGAGCCAUUCUAGAGUUGGACUGUAAGUGAUGCCCGCAGCCACAAUUUCUGCUUCUCCAUGAAAAUCUUAAUUGACAUCGUCUCCCUCAAACGGCCAUGAAUAUUCUCACCGUGUGACCCCUGACCCACUGUGAAAUAAUCUCAGCAUCUCAGCUAUAUGUUGUUGCAAGACGGUCACAUUUAUCAUGUGUAUAUUAUCUCAGAAUCAGUUUAAAGGAUAUGUGUGUCAAUUUUGUGUAUUAUUUACAUUGUUUGUUUGUUUUCCAAGCAAAGUGACUUUAAUAAAGGGUGAAAUA